AUGCGUCGCAAAAUCCACGAGGCAAGUUUUUGUCAUUUCAGGCAAUUUUCUCAAAGGGAAACUCUCAGAUUUUCACUAAAUUAUUAUAUUUACGAUAAGAGUUUUGUAAGAUGUGAGGGAUUUUUGGAUCGAGAUUUGAAGAAAUCACCCAAAAUUUGUUUUUGAGAUUCUUCAAUUGAAAAUUUGAUAACAUUUUUCAAAAUGAAAUUUCGAUAAAAAAGUUUUUUGUGACCACCCUCUCCAUUUCUCAUAGUCUCUCGUCUGCAAAGGAUCCUUCAAUAUAUCGGCUCUCCUUGCAAAUCGCGGACUAAAAAUUUGACAACUCAAUGUAUAAACUAGAUAGCAUAGUCAAAUCAAAUUUGAAAAAAAUCUGAGGGUAGCCUCCUGCCCUUUCUGAAUUUUAAAAAAUAACAUUAAAACGCGCUAAACUGAGAAAACAAAGCAAAAACGAUUGUUAAAUACAUCCAUUUUUAUGUUUUAUUUACUACCCUUUAGUUUUACAAAAUAUUUCACAAUUUAUUCCAAACUUUUCACCAAAAAAAGGCGGCCAAAAGCGGCCGAAACUUGCGAAAUCCCACCUUUUGGCGGAAAUUGGAAUGUUUUUUGCUUACUACUUUUGGAAGUUUCACAACAGUAAAAAACAAGUCACUUAGAUAUAAUAGAGCGCACGUAUCUGGUAAAUGUCCCGCUAAAAGUGGAGAUGAGAGGCUUUAGUCACCGAAAAGAAGACAAAUAAAGGAUAGACCUAUCAUAAUAUAACCCUAAUAUGAUCAAGAUAUAAACGACGAUUACUUGCAGGUCACGGGUCACAAGUUUAUGGCGUUGUUCCUGCGCCAGCCAACCUUCUGCGCUCAUUGCAAGGACUUCAUUUGGGGCAUCGGGAAGCAAGGAUAUCAGUGCCAAAGUAAAUAUUCAUGAGAGUUGAAGGACCAGGAAUAAUUUGAGAAAGGAUUAGUCACAAAAACACGAAAAAUACUCCAAGAUGACGCUUGGAUUGGCAUGAUUUUUGACACAAAUUUCGUUUCUUUCGUACACAUGAGAUUUUUAGUUUAAAAAACGGCUUAAAACUUUAAUCUUCUGAAAUUUUAAAAAUGAAAAUUUCCGUCGUUUUUUGACCGGAGUUAAUUUUUCCUGCAAAAAAUCUGAAAUCCCAACCCUUAUUUCAAUCAAUGACCGCAAAAUUGCAGUCUGCACAGUGGUCGUCCACAAGCGAUGUCAUCAAGAAGUUGUUUGGAAAUGCCCGGGCAGUCGAACAGACGCCAUUGACGAGCUCCAAAAUGAAGGGAACAUCAACGAUUUGGUGGGGAGAUUCAACAUCAACAUGCCCCACCGAUUCGCCACUCACAAUUACAAACGGCCCACCUUCUGCGAUCACUGUGGAUCCAUGUUGUAUGGCCUCAUAAAACAAGGUCUUCAAUGCCGUGUUUGUGAGUUGAAUGUGCAUAAAAGAUGUCAACGAAAUGUCGCCAACAACUGUGGAAUCAACUCCCGGCAGAUGGCCGCAGAAUUGGCGCAACUUGGCCUCACCGGCGACAAGAUGUCGCUGAAACAAAAGAAGAAAGUGGUGUCGGUUUCGACCUCAGAGACCUCGGAUUCGGGAGUUAGUGGGACCGAGAGACAAUCCACUUCUUCAUCGACGAGUGCAAACGUUGUAGAAGAGGUCCCCGUGAAUAAUGUCGCCACAACUGUCAGUUCGGGAGAGAAAUUGGGAAUCAACGACUUCACAUUCAUCAAAGUGCUUGGGAAGGGAUCUUUUGGCAAAGUAAUAUUGGCCGAGAAGAAGGGCACGGAUGAUGUUUAUGCAGUCAAAGUGCUCAAGAAGGACGUCAUCCUGCAAGACGACGAUGUCGAGUGCACAAUGUGCGAGAAGAGGAUUCUGGCGUUGUCGGCGAAGCAUCCUUUCCUGACGGCGUUGUUCUGCUCUUUCCAGACAGCGGUAAGUUGAUCGAACUGACGUUUUUACGUAAUAAUAAAUAAAACUUGGUAAUAAUAAUAAUAAUUGAACAGAAUUUUCCAAGUUAUGUACGGGAUUUUUAGCUGCAUUUUUUUGCAAAUGAAUGAUAUUUUUGCACCGAAAAAUGUCAAAAUUUUAAAACCUUUUGCGAUUUUUUAGUAUGAAAUUCUUCUUGUCAUAUUCCCAGCAUUUCCCAUUACUUUUUACAACUUUUAUAGGAUCGUUUGUUCUUCGUGAUGGAGUAUGUGAAUGGCGGUGAUUUGAUGUUCCAAAUCCAGAGGGCCCGCAAAUUCGAGGAGCCCAGGGCCCGGUUCUAUGCGGCCGAAGUGACAUGCGCCCUGCAGUUCUUGCACAGAUACAAUGUCAUUUACAGGGACCUCAAGUUGGACAAUAUCCUGUUGGACGCCGAAGGGCAUUGUCGGUUGGCUGACUUUGGAAUGUGCAAAGAAGGCAUCACAAAGGAUAACCUCACCUCCACGUUCUGCGGAACCCCCGAUUACAUCGCGCCGGAGGUAAGGAAGGUCACGCCUCUAAUAUUUUGAAAUAGGACACAGAAAGGGGUAAAACAUGGUUUAAAUAUAAAAUAUGUAAAACGCGAUUUUGGAAAUUUUAAAUGAUUAAAUAAAACACGAAAAAAUAAAAUGUUUAGAAAGGCUAAAAUGUAAGUUACGGCUUGAACACUGAAAAUAGAUUUGAGAAAAUAUAAAAUGCGAUUUUAGGAAAUUUUCAAAUGUGUAACACACUCAAAAUAUUGGCCCCAUAAAAAAUGUAAAAUACGACAAGUACAAUUAUACUUUGAUUUUCUAGAUCCUCCAAGAAAUGGAAUACGGAGUUUCGGUGGAUUGGUGGGCCCUGGGAGUCCUCAUGUACGAAAUGAUGGCCGGCCAGCCUCCCUUCGAAGCCGACAACGAAGACGAUCUCUUCGAGGCCAUCUUGCACGAUGACGUUUUGUAUCCGGUGUGGUUGAGCAGAGAAGCGGUCAAUAUUUUGAAAGCGGUAAGAUUUCUUUUUCAACCUGUGAACUCAAUUUUAGUUCAUGACCAAGAAUCCCCUUCGACGGCUGGGCUGUGUUCAAUCACAGGGCAGCGAAGAUGCCAUCCGGGCGCAUCCAUUCUUCAGGGAAAUUGAUUGGGAUGCCCUGGAGGACAGGAAAGUGAGGCCACCGUUCAAACCACGAAUUGUAAGUGUAACCAUUACUUUGGUCAAUAUAUUAUGUAUAGUCUAAAAUCAAGUGAAAUUUUUAACUUUUUUAACUUUUAUGCAGUUUUACAUCAAGUAAAAAUAUAGUUUUCUGCGGCAGAUACGAGAUCUUUAGGCCAGUGUUGAUUUUUGGAACGCUCUAAAAAUUUCUGAAACUAAUUUGUGGCCACUACAAAAUAUUUUUCGAAAAAUUCCCAUUUUUUGAUAUUUGGAUUUUAUCAUUUAUUUUAAUUUUCAAUUUGAUGACCACUUUAGAUAAUUUUUUAACUUUCAGAAAAAUCGCCGCGACGUCAACAACUUCGACGCCGAUUUCACGAAAGAGGAGCCCGUGCUGACGCCCACCGACCCCAGUGUGAUACGAUCGAUCGCCCAGGACGAGUUCCGAGGCUUCAGUUUCGUGAAUCCCGAGUUCCAGAACAUCCAAUGA